AUGACGUUACUUCAUCACAGCCGUACAAGCUUAGCCUGUCUAUUAUUCCUUGCAGUGCUCAUCGCCGUUCAAAUCCAAACAGGAGUGGCCGAAUACAGUGAAGCCGUCCAGUUCGACAGCAAAGAAUUAAUAUUCUUUGCGGGUCCUCAUCAAGCCGACAACAGUGGAGUCUCCGACUUCUUUCAUCAUUGGAUUGCCAGUGGAUGGAGAAAGGGACAUCCUAAUUUGUUGGCUUUGAGAUACUGGAGAUGGCCCACCCCAGAAGACGAUUACUAUGGCGCCGAAGUCUUUGGAGAACUCAUGAAGCAACACAACAAUGCGACUCUCAACAAGGACAUCAUCGUGUCGAUUCAAAACUUUUGGGCCGAAGCGGAAAAUGGUGUGGUGAUUGGUUCCGAACUCUUUGAUCAAGUGGGACACAAUGCUCGUUACGACGCCUUGACGCCCAUGAACAAAAUUGUAUCCACGCUGCAACAGGACGAUGAGAAUGUCACGGUCAUUCUCAAUUAUAGAACCCCCAGGAUUGAACAAUGGAUGUCCAUUUGGAACGCCAACGAUCCCAAUUCGACGUAUACGGAAUUCAUGUGCAAAUCCUAUCACAAUCCCGAGGAUCCCGAUUUGAAAAAGGUGCGCAUCAGCCAACUGAGUGCCUCGAUGAACGGUCUCAAUGCGGCCUACGAGUUUUUGAGACGGGGAUGGAAUGUCAAGCUCAUUGAUUUGGAGGGAGUCCAUCAAACCGAUCGGGAUGUCACCCACGUCAUUGGAUGUGACAUCCUCAAGGGAGAAUGUGAGGAUGGAUACAUUGCAAGGCAUGACAAAUUUCGUACUCCGGACGAAGAAGUGCCAGACAUUGGCAACGACGUCGGCGAGGACGAAGCCCGCAAGGUGGAAGAACUCUUUCGAUUCCGGGAUUGUGGAUACGAAGAACUCAUGAAGCCAUUUUUGGAGAGCGGACAAAUGGAAGUCAUGUACAAAUAUUCCAUUUGGGCGGACUGCGAACCGGGACGGUCGGAAAUUUACAAGAAUCUGGCCAAUGCCGAUGAAACGGUCUACACGGCUCUCUUGAGUCAAGUGGAUUGCAAUUCCGUGGGAAUUGAGGUUCACGAUGGUAUCAUUACCAUGGACGAAGCUUUGACCAUGACUGGAAAUAUCAACCAUAAUGAGAGAAAGGGAGGAAUGCUAGAAGGGCUAUUCAACAACAUUGUGGUGCCAUUGGUAUUCAUGGGGGCCAUUGCCUAUGCGGCCUUUUACCUCUACAAGAAGCGUCAAAAUAGAGCGCUCAACAGCAGAGCCGUUGCUGGGAGGAGAUCGGAUCUACAAGCAGCGGCCGGUAGUAUCCAACAGACUGCCAUGUCUCGUCAGAUGACAUAG